CAUCCCUCAGCUGUGCGCUACUGACGUAGCGAGAGGAAGGAAUAGUCAUGGCGACUACUGUGGACCCUCGAACGCCGACCAUGACCACGGCACUUGAGAUCGUCAAGGGAGCCCUGUGUGCGGUCAUUGGCUUCCCCAUAGGAAAGUCCACCAUCGGCAGCCGAAUCAGCGAGGGCAACAAAGCUCGCAUCACUGUGAAAACGGGGAAGGCGGAGGCCCCUACGGCCGCACAGAUGCAGAAGGUGGUCGACGUCGUCAACGAGGCCAUCGCCAAGGACCAAGCAUGCUUCCGGCUCACCAUGCCCAGAAAAGACGCCGAAAGCACCUACGGUUCCGCCAUGUAUGACGUGGUGGAGCCCCCCGCGCAAGUCGAGGAGCUGAGCCUGCUGUACAUCGAGGGCCUCGUGCUGCACAGCCAGCUGCACCCGUGCUUGCCGUCGACGGGGCCUGUGGGCAAGGUUUCUGUCACGAAGCAAAAGUUCCGCGUGAACAAGCAAGAGCUGGAGGUGAUGUUCGACGUGGAGCCCUCGACGGACACCCCUACGGAUGAUACUGCGACACCCCCGCAGUGUGUACCCCCCUCGGCGGAGACGGUGGUGCUACUCAACGCUUCCGAGGCUCGAGUGUCGGCGGACGACGGGGUGGAGGGAGGAGUUGAAGAGUCUGGGAAGGCGGCGGCGGAGGGGGGGCAGAAGGUCACUCCUUGGGAGGUGGAGGCGGAUGGGGAGGUGGACUACGAGAAGCUGGUGAAGUCUUUCGGGUCGUCCUUGAUCACGGAGGACAUCGUUGCGAGGGUGGAGAGGGUGACGGGAAGGAAAGCACACCGGUUCUUGCGAAGAGGGCUGUUUUUCUCCCAUAGGGACUUGACCCAGAUUUUGGAUCUUUACGAGGCCGGCAAGAAGUUCUUCCUUUACACCGGGAGAGGUCCCUCCUCCGACGCCCUUCACCUGGGACACCUAGUCCCCUUUCACUUCACCAAGUACUUGCAGGAAGCGUUCAAGGUGCCGUUGGUGGUGCAACUCACAGACGACGAGAAGUUUCUCUUCAAGCCGGAGCUCAAGUUGGAAGAGUGCCAUAGGCUGGCGUUCGAGAACGCCAAGGACAUCAUCGCCUGCGGCUUCGACCCAGAGUCGACCUUCAUCUUCAGCGACCUCGACUACAUACAGCACAUGUACCCGGUUGUCCUCAAGAUUCAAAAGCUCGUAACCUACAACCAGGUCCGUGGCAUCUUCGGCUUCACCGAGAGCCACAACAUCGGCUGCCAAGCCUUCCCCGCGGUCCAGGCGGCCCCGUCGUUCUCCUCCUCCUUCCCCAUCCCCCUCGGGGGAACGCCCGACCGUCCGUGCCUGAUUCCUUGUGCCAUCGAUCAGGACGCGUACUUCCGCAUGACUCGGGACGUUGCGCCGCGAAUGAAGCUGCGAAAACCAGCUCUGAUUCACUCAAGGUUCUUCCCCGGGCUUCAGGGGCCGGGAGGGAAAAUGAGCUCCAGCACCGAGUCCAGCGCGAUUUUUGUCACGGAUACUCCCAAAAAGGUGAAGAAGAAGAUCAAUGGUUGCUUCUCGGGGGGGCAGGAGACCAAGGAGCUGCAGGAACUCCAUGGGGCCAACAUCCAUGUGGAUGUCCCGUACCAGUACCUGACGUUCUUUAUGGAGGACGACGACGAGCUCAAGCGCAUAGGCGAGGAGUACGCCGCAGGAAGAAUGCUGACGGGCGAAGUCAAGAAGAUCCUCAUCGAGAUCUUGACAAAGAUGACCAAGGACCACCAGGAUGCGAGAGCGGCCGUGACGGAUGAAAUGGUCAGAAGUUUCAUGGCCGUGCGGCCGAUCGAUGGCAGCGGGGCAGCCGCAGGGAACGUUGUGCCGCCACCCCCUCCAUGA